AUGAAAGGUAUUAAUUCAGAACCGAUAAUAUUAGAUAUUGAUCAAAUUGAUGGAAAGGAAAAUCAAAGUUAUUUACGAAGUCAAAGUGAUCAAUAUCUACCAAUGUUUAAAGAUACAGACAGAUUCAAUGUAAAAAAUCUAUCUAGAACAGCAUCAGCUGGAGCUAAUGCAUUUCCUGUAAUAUAUGAAUUACCAAUAGAUGAUAUUAAAAUUUCUACAGCUGAUAUUCCAUAUCCAUCACCAACAAUACCAUAUCCAUCUUCAGCUCCUCCAACUAUUCGUCAUCAAAAAUUAAAUCGUCGAUCAACGAUUCUAGAAGCAUUUGAAAGACAAUUAUCCUCACCUGAUUCCAUAUCGGAUCGUGCAAGUACAAUACUUGUCUGGCAAAAUUUAACUGUUUCUACACGAGAAGAUAGAAGAAAAGAGUUUUUUCAACGAUUGAAAUCAUCAAAAAACUUUGUACCACAAAGAAAAGCUUUACUACAUAAUAUAAGUGGAGCGAUUACAGGUGGUUUAUGGGCUGUAAUGGGUGCAUCUGGUUCUGGUAAAUCCACUCUUUUAAAUACAUUAGCUUGUCGUCUUGAUGUCAAUACAGUUGUCGAAGGUGAGAUGCGUCUCAAUGGUGCUCCCUAUGAUAAUGCUGAAUUAAAACGUAUUGCUGGUUAUGUUAUGCAAGAUAAUUUGUUAAAUGGAUAUUUGACUGUUGAAGAAACAUUGAUGUAUACAGCGAAAUUACGUUUACCAAGAGUAUUCACUGAUAAACAACGGAAAGAACGUGUCGAAGAUGUUAUGACUGAUCUAAACUUAGUUCCUGUUCGAAAGGCAAUUAUUGGUACUACAAUGAAACAAGGUAUAUCGGGUAGUGAACGAAAACGUUUAUGUGUUAGUAUGGAAUUAUUAAAUCGUCCACAAUUAUUAUUUCUUGAUGAACCUACAACAGGCUUAGAUUCUGUUACUGCACUCGAUCUAUUACAUACACUUCAUAAACUAGCACAUGGUAAAUCUCAAGAAAAAGCUGUUACUAUUGUAUGUUCAAUUCAUCAACCACAAUCAAAAAUAUUUGAUUUAUUCGAUUCAUUAGUUUUAUUGAAAGCAGGAAAUAUUAUUUAUCAAGGACCAAGAAAUCAAGCUAUGGAAGUAUAUCAUGCAGCUGGCUUCCCUUGUCCAUUAUAUACUAAUCCUGCUGAUCAUUUAUUAGAUGUUAUAACACCUUUAAAAAUUGGUACAGUCCACGUAACACUUGAACAAGAAGCAGCUACUGAGGAAGCAAUUAUUCGAUGUCAACCUCCAGUUGAUAUUGAUCUUAAUAUGGGUGUAGAUAAACGUCGUACUCAAAUGGCUAAUCUACCAUUGAAUCCAACAUGGUUGACACAAACUAGAAUAUUAUUUUGUCGUAAUUUAAGAGAACAAUCACGAAAAUUACGUAUUCUUAUGAUAUCGCUUAUACAAACAAUUAUAAUGGCGGUCUUAAUUGGAAUUGCUUUUCUUAAUAUUGGAAAUACACAAACAAGUAUAGUUUUUUUUGGUGCAUUGACAGUUAUUAAUUCAUUUCCUGUUGAACGAACUUUAACGCUACGUGAACGCGCAUCUGGUACUUAUUUUGUCAGUGCUUAUUUUACAGCUAAAAUUUUGGCUGAUACAUUAGUUCAAUUACCUAUACCAAUUGUAUUUUCAUGUAUUGUCUAUUUUCCUGUUGGUCUUCAAUUCACAGCUGCAAAAUUUUUCAUUUUUACAUUAUUCAUGUUAUUAUGUUCAAUAGCAGCAACAUCAUUAGCUUUAAUGAUAUCUGCAAUUUGUAAAACAACAAAUAUGAGUGUUACUGUAUUACCAAUGGCAUUUGAAGUAUCACGUUUAUUUGGUGGAUUCCUUUUAGCACCAUCACGUGUACCAGUAUAUUUUUCGUGGCUUGAUGCUUUAUCUUAUAUAAAGUAUUCAUUUGUUGGUGCUAGUUUAAAUGAAUUACAUGGUUUACAGUUAAAUUGUAAUGGAUUAAAAACUACCAUGUUUAAUGCAACUUAUAAUAUAACAGAAACAUGUAUAACAUCAGGCGAAGAAUUAAUAAAAGAACGUGGAUAUGAUCAUAUAAGUUUAGAAGGUUGUAUAGGUGUAUUAAUCGCUUUUAUUAUAUUUUGUCGUGCAUGGGCAUUUAUUGGUGUUCGAUUUCUUAAAAAUUGA